CUCUUCGCUGCCUCCCUCUUCGCCGCCUCCCUUCUCACCACCCUCUUCGCUGCCUCCUUCCUCACCGCCCUCUUCGUCGCCUCAACUUUCGGCCUCGCCACCUCCUCCUCGUGGCCUCUACUUUCAUCUUCACCGCCUCCUCCUUGUCGCCUCGACUUUCAGCCAUCUUUGUUGCCUCCUUCUCACCAGCGUCUCCUCCUCGCCACCUCGACUUUCAUCCAUCUUCGCUGCCUCCUCACUAGUGCCUCCUCACUUCUGCUGCUGGAAUCAUCGACACAAAAUGACAUGAUGGAUAAAGGUACGACAAACUAUUUCCUUUAUCUGCAACAACGACAUAGACAAAAGUGUUGUUUUUGUUACUCAAGCAAGGAACAAGCUGAUACAAACUCUGGGCCUCGAUUCUUCUCCUACAACUCAUGAAACUUGCCCACCAACCAUUUUGGUAAUGGUCGAAGCCAGAGCUUGAAAGAUCGGAGGGUGACAAAGAUUGGGAAGGGAGGCCACAGCUUCCGCUCGCAAACUUUGGAUCCACCAAGCGGAUCGUGCCACUUUUGUAAGAUAGCUGAGUGAUCAAGUAGUGUGUGGAGUCGAUGGAGAUGGUGGCUUUGUCGCCGUCGCAGGUGAGCUCGUACAUCCGAUCCCCGCACUGAGGCGGAUCAGUUGUUCGACGAAAUGGGUGGCUGAUGUCGUGGAACAAACCGCAAGAGAAGGGAGCACAAGCUUCUUGGCUCCACUGCUGCUGCUGCUGCCCCGUAGCUGUAACAGCAGCCUGGGACAGGAGGAGGAAGAGUAGCGGCAGAAGCAUAAGUAUGGCCUCCUCCACGCUUCCUAUCUCCCAAUCCCAAGCUUUCUGUGCUCGAGCACGCCUCAUCCCUGCCUCCCUUUCUGGUCCGGUUCGUUUCGCCCUCCCUCACCGUCACCGGAGAGACGCCUCCUAUCGGAAGCCCCUGCGCACCAUGGUCGUCACGGCGACCACCGCAGAGAUGCCGAAGAAGCGGCAGGCCUCCUGGGAUCGCUCGUUCGUUGACGAGAUGAGGACCGUUGCUAUGAGGCUGCACACCAAGGAUCAGGCGAAGGAAGGCGAGAAGGAGUCUAAAUCGCCACCCGUCGCUAAGUGGGAACCGUCCAUCGAGGGCUACCUCCGUUUUCUAGUCGACAGCAAGAUCGUUUAUGAUACCCUCGAAACGAUCAUCCAGAAGGCCUCCUAUCCCUGGUAUGCUGACUUCAGGAGUACUGGCUUGGAAAGGUCUGAAAAAUUAGCUAAAGAUCUAAAAUGGUUCAAGGACCAAGGGCAUACGAUUCCCGAGCCUUCUUCUCCUGGUGUUUCUUAUUCCCAGUAUCUCGAGGAGCUAUCUCAAAAGGAUCCUCAAGCUUUCAUCUGCCACUUUUACAAUAUAUACUUUGCUCAUAGUGCUGGUGGGCGAAUGAUUGGCAAAAAGAGAUCUCUGCUGCUCUUGGACAAACUUCUUCUCCGCAUACUCGCCACUGUCACUGACACCCUUCGCCGCCCCGCCUCCCUCAUUUUCAAAUCAUUUGAGGGGUCGAUUCUUAGGGCUUUCAGUUGUGAGAUGUUGGUGUUCAAGCUUAGUAGAGUUUUGAAUCUACUCAUCCCUUUUUCAAUGAUUUCCAGCAUCAAUUUGGAUUUUUCUGCAUCAUUCUAUCAGAAGACUGAAGCAAGGCAAUCUCACUCUCCUUCUGCCAUUGUCAUUGGUGGUGGAUUUGCAGGGAUUGCAGCUGCUCAUGCACUGAAAAAUGCAACUUUUCAGGUUGUGCUUUUAGAAUCUCGGGAUAGAAUUGGUGGUCGAGUUCACACUAACUACUCAUUUGAUUUUCCUGUUGACAUGGGAGCAGCCUGGUUGCAUGGUGUCUGCAACGAGAAUCCAUUGGCAUCAUGGAUUGGAAGACUUGGUCUACCAAUUUAUCGAACUUCUGGUGACAAUUCUAUCUUGUAUGAUCAUGACUUGGAGAGCUACGCACUCUUUGAUGGUGAUGGACAUCAAGUGCCUCAAGAUCUAGUGGAAAAAGUUGGUAAGGUGUUUGAAACCAUUCUGGAAGAGGCUAACAAACUCAGGUGGAGUUUGAAGGAUUAGGAGAAUUAAGAAGCAAGGAUGAAGAAG